UACAAGUUUUAUAGUCUGAAGCCAACUUUAGAGAUUCACAAAUGUUCUUAGGCGACCAUGUUGUGCGUCAGCUCAUUUCAGUUUAUCUCUGCUACGCAUUUUUCUUUUCUACCACCAGAUGGCAAUAGAGCUUCUUGAAGACACCAAAGACAGAAGAUUACUGUGGAAAUUUGCCUUGUAUGUGAUGAUGUCAGAAGUAACGGGUCUGUGUAUUGUACACUUCCUGUGUCUGUAGUUCUGCAAUCUUGGCAGAGAAGCAUAGAUUAAGAAAGGGCAGUGACAGACAGUUGUAAGCUGUGUUUGUCACUUGAAGACGUUUUUGUAAACCUCUUUAUGCUGGAUUCUGCUUUCUGAAAAAGUUUUACAUGAUAGCAGCCCAUUUUCUGCAAGAAUGGCUGCAGUGAAACUUACAGACCAGCCUCCCCUUAUCCAAGCAAUCUUUAAUGGAGACCCUGAGGAAAUACGUAUGCUGAUUUUUAAAUCCGAGGAUGUGAAUGCACUGGAUAAUGAUAAGCGAACGCCUCUCCAUGCAGCAGCAUUUUUGGGUGAUGCAGAGAUUAUAGAACGUCUUAUAUUAUCUGGAGCUCGUGUUAAUGCUAAAGAUAACAUGUGGUUGACUCCUCUUCACCGCGCUGUUGCUUCAAGAAGUGAGGAAGCAGUACAGAUGCUAAUAAAACAUUCCGCUGAUGUCAAUGCUAGAGAUAAAAACUGGCAAACACCGUUACAUGUCGCUGCUGCAAAUAAAUCAAUUAGGUGUGCAGAAAUGAUUAUUCCAAUGCUGACCAGCGUCAAUGUUUCUGAACGAGGAGGUCGCACGGCCUUGCACCAUGCUGCACUAAAUGGUCAUAUAGAGAUGGUCAAUCUGCUCAUUGCAAAAGGAGCAAAUAUAAAUGCUUUUGACAAAAGGGAUCGAAGAGCUCUCCACUGGGCAGCAUAUAAGGGUCAUCUUGAAGUUGUUAUAUUGCUAAUAAAUUUUGGCGCUGAAGUUAUGUGUAAGGAUAAGAAAGGAUACACUCCACUCCAUGCUGCUGCAUCCAGUGGGCAAGUUCACGUUGUUAAACAGCUUCUUCAUCUUAAUACAGAAAUUGAUGAAGUAAAUAUUAAUGGCAAUACUGCUUUGCAUAUUGCAUGUUAUAAUGGUGAAGAAAAGGUUGUGGAAGAACUUAUUAGCUAUGGAGCUAAUGUAAACGGGCCAAAUAACAAAGGAUUCACUCCACUACAUUUUGCUGUUGCCUCCAAUCUUGGUACAAGGUGUCUCGGUUUACUGAUUGGUCAUAGGGCAGAUGUUAAUAUCCAGAGUAAUGAUGGAAGAAGCCCCUUACAUCUGGCUGCUGAGCAUGGGAGAUAUUCAAGAUCACAAAAACUGAUACUGAAUGGGGCCAGUAUUGAUGUGCAAGACAAAGUUGGAAAUACUCCGUUACAUGUGGCUGCUAGAUAUGGACGUGAGUGUUUAGUUAGCCUCUUUUUGUGUAGUGGAGCCAAUACAACAAUAUGUGGUGUCCACAAUAUGUUUCCUCUGCAUUUAGCGGUUUUAUAUGGGCAUUCAGAGUGUUGUAGACAACUCUUGUCAUACGAUUUUGAAAUAAAUACACCUGAUAUUUUUGGAAGAACAUGUCUACAUGCUGCAGCAGCAGGGGGAAAUGUUGAGUGCAUAGAAGUUUUACAACAAACUGGAGCAGAUCAGAGCAAAAAAGACAAGUGUGGUCGGACACCCUUGCAUUAUGCAUCGGUUAACUGCCACUUCCACUGUAUUGAGGUUUUAGUGAACUCUGGUGCAAACGUGAAUGAAGCAGAUAUUUGGGGCCGGACAUCUUUGCACUAUGCUUCUGCUUCAAAUAUUGACCGCAAGAGAAGAAUAAUUGUGGGAAGAGGACAUGAAAGUACAGAAGCUGAUUUAUCCUCACCGGUAAAAGAAAAAGAAGCAGCCAAGUGGCUUGCAAUAUCUGCUUGAAACAAAGCCGACCCAUCAAUUUGUGACAAAGCGGGCUAUAGUGCCAUCCAUUAUGCUGCUGCCUAUGGUCACAGAGAAGGCUUGGAAUAUCUGCUAAAAAGAACUGAAGAUAUCACUGAUGUUGCAAACCCUCCAACUACGAAAAGCCCUUUACACUUGGCGGCAUACAAUGGACAUCAUCAAGCUUUAGAAAUACUGCUUAACAAUUAUGCAGAUGUUGAUAUUAAAGAUGAAAAAGGACGAACACCACUGGAUCUUGCUUCUUUUAAAGGGCACACAGAGUGUGUUGAAGUUCUUAUUAGUCAGGGAGCUUCCGUUACUGUGCAUGACUCAGUUACUCAAAGAACUCCAUUUCAUGCUGCUGUUAUAAAUGGACAUACCUCAUGUUUACGUUUAUUACUUGAAAUAGCUGAACAGAAUGAAGUUGUAAAUGUGGUGGAUGAAAAGAAACAAACACCUUUGAUGCUCGCAGUUGAAUAUGGGCACAUUGAUGCUGUUUCCUUGUUACUUGAAAAAGAAGCAUCGGUAGAUGCAAAGGAUAUAUAUGGAUGUACAGCUUUGCACAGAGGAGUAAUGACAGGCCAUGAAGAAUGCAUUCAGAUGCUACUGGAUCAGGAAGCAUCGGUAUUAUGUACAGAUCUAAAGGGACGGACGCCGCUUCAUUAUGCCGCUUCUCAGGGACAUUCUACACUGCUUAGUGAAUUGUUGCAGAUUGCACUUUCAGAAGAAGACUACAGCUUCAAGGACAAUUACGGGUAUACGCUUUUGCAUUGGUCAUCAUAUAACGGCAAUGAAAAUUGUUUAGAGGUACUUUUGGAACAAAGGCCUUUCCGGAAUAUCAGUGGAAAUCUUUUUUCACCUCUACACUGUGCAGUGAUAAAUAAUCAUGAAAACUGUGCAGCAAUGCUCCUUGGAUCUAUAGGUGGAAGCAUUGUUAACUGUAAAGACAAGAAGGAAAGGACUCCUCUUCAUGCUGCAGCCUUCAGAAACCACACAGAAUGCAUUCAACUUCUUUUAAGCUAUGAUGUCAAUGUAAAUGCUGUAGAUGUAACCGGAAAGACACCGCUGAUGACCGCUGUUGAAAGGGGCCAUUUAAGUGCUGCAGAAAUUCUGAUCAAAAGAACCAGUGUGGACUUGACUGCAAAGGAUAUUUUUUCAAAUACAGCACUUCACUUGGCAUGCAUGGCAGGAUAUGAAAGUUGUGCUAUUUUAAUCAUUGACAAGAUAAAAGACCAGAACCUUAUUAAUUCAGCAAACACUGCAUUGCAAACGCCUAUUCGUAUAGCAAAACAAAAUGGAUUAAAGGCUGUUGUUGAAAAACUAAUAAGUAAAGGGGCGCUUGAUGAAAAUGGUCACACACCAGUGCUGGCUUCUGCUUCUAACAAAGAUGUAGCUGAAUGCCUGGCACUGUCAUUGGCUCCCUCGAUGUCUUUCCUUCCUUUCUGCACAAUGACGCCUUUGAACCCUGUUAAUAAUAAAAAGGACGAUGGCAGUAACCUGCAUUCCCAUGAGAAUUUACUGUUACAAUAUUUCUCUCUAACAGCAGAUUUUACUUGACAGAUAAGGCUAAAUAAAUAUGAAACAGAAGACCUUUAGACAAAUAGCACAGUGGCGCUGGAAUGUUCACUUUAAUAUGUCACCUUAUGGCAGCAGAAGCAUUAGAAUCAGAUAUUACAGAACACCAUAUUAUAUCAAAUCUCUAGUCCUUAUAACUCUGCUAAACCUUUGCAUACUAAUGGUAAUGAGCAACUGAAUGAUGACUUUAGUUGGAUCGAUUCCUCUGAAUAGAGUUUCUAUAAACUUCACUUCUGAAAAAAACAUCAACAUCAGGCCAAAGCACAGUCACAUGAGGGUAGGCUUUACAUUUAUAAAUGGUAGCUGGUAGACAGAGAUCUUAAACAGGGUCCCACAACGCACAUUUAAGUGAUUGCACAUUCUGCCAAAGGUACUGCCCCCCACCCCCCACCUGACUGCCCUCACAAUGUAUCCCAGGCUCUGAUAUCCUACCUGCAGAUCUGGAACUGGUAUGGUGGGGCGUUUCGUUUAUCUCCCCUCCAGUGAAUGAACAGUGGAGCAGCGUACGUUACUUGCAGGUUUGGCUCUCACUUCCCGGCUGAUGUGGCCAGGGAAGAUGCUAAUGAAGCAUGAUCUGUGCUCCAUUAGGUUGCAUUCACACCUGAGCGUUUUCAGCUCAUAAAACGCUCGUAAAACGCCAGAAAUACGCCUAAAAAACGCCCAACAAACAAAAUCCCAUUAAAUUCAAUGCCACCUGUUCACAUCACAUCUGAGCAUUUUGUCCCCUGAAUCAAAUUGCUUGAAAAACUUCAUAAGCUCAAAAAAGAACAUGAGCUCCUUUGGGGCAGAUUACAGGCGUUUUUCUGCCUUUUACAUUGGUGACCUGAACAAAAUUGCGGCAAAAACACGGUAAAAACAUGCGACUUUGAAACGCUCAGGUGUGAAUACAGCCUUAGCUUCAGUGGAGGGCAGAAGAGGCAUCCCAGUAAAGAAAACUGUCAUUACAGUGUGCUAUCACUAAAAGACAUUAGUGGCCCUCUAUUCGAAAGCCAUAAAAUUCAUUGUAAAAUAAAUACAUAAAAUAACAAAAAUAUAGUAACAUUUAAUAAUUAAACAACACUUUUUUUUUUUUGUCCCUUGCUCCUAUGAACACACUCAAUCAUAAGAACUUAAACACAAGCAAUGAGUGCGCCUGCAUAUAAAAACAUAUUGCAUAGCAUACUAGCUCAUUAUGAUUGACUUACCUGAGAUCAAAGCCCCAGAAGCACUCCUCGUUACCCUCCUCAGCCGCCGCCAUUUGUCCUCCGAGUGCCUUCCGGGUAUCGCCGCUCCGGCGCUGUGACUGGCCGGAGCGGCAAUGACGUUAAGUUAAGUCUUAAUCUAUGCUUACCUGUAGGUAAAAGUAGUCAGAGAGGGUUUACAACCACUUUAAGAGCUGGUGAAACAUGAUUUGUGUAGCACUCUUUAUUUUACUAAACCAUUUAUCAUAGAAUUGAUGAGGUUAUGUGUAAGCUGGUCAAUGUAAACUAAAAUGAAUACACUAUUUCAUGUUAUUCUUUUUUUUUUUAAGUUUUGCUUCUCACUGUGUAUAUGAUUGUUUAGCACUAUGUUCUUUUUGUCUUGUUUGUAUGUAUGCUGUACUAGUUUGUUCAUAGCAUAGCUAUCUAGGGAAGAAAAUAGAAAAUAAAGAUUUGGUAGUACAGUAUAAGGCUUGUCCACUUAAUUUUAAGCUGAUGAACUUGGAUACAAUAUAAUCAAGCAUAUGUUUGCAACUACUUUAAUUUCCUAUACAGAAGUUAAUAUAUUUUGUAUUUUCACCCAAAGCCACUAGCUGAUUUACCAGAAAGUAUUUAUAUAUGAAGACUUUGCAUUGAGAAGAAUGAAAUGUUGUAAUAUAUGAACUAUGAAAAAAAUGAGAACAUGAUCCAUACUGUACGAAUCCUUGGCAUGGAUAAGCAUGGAAGAUUGUGGAAAAGAUGCUCUGCUUCUCUGAUCAGUAGUGCUGGUACUAAUUAAUAUGUUGAAUUUACGAAUAUUUGUCAGAAUGGAGUGAGGGUCUUUUACAUUAAAUUAAAUCAGUUAAAAUAUCUACCAAA